AGGAAGCGUAUAACUACAGAGCGCUCUAAAUCCUGUAAUAGGUUUAUCAGGAGCGAUAUUUUCGUUUUACUGAGUUCUUCAACACUUAUCAGUGUGUAGUUUAGAAAUACUGCAGGGCUACACUCAGUGCAAGAUGUUUGCCGGCUUGCCUGAGCUCGGGAUUUCUAAUGGCGAAGAUCUGAAGGAAACUUUGACGAACUGCACAGAGCCUCUGAAAGCUAUUGACCAGUUUCAGAUGGAGAACGGCAUAUUGUUGCCGACGCUGCAGUCUGCGCUUCCUUUCCUCGAUCUUCACGGCACUCCUCGGCUGGAGUUUCAUCAGUCGGUGUUUGACGAGCUCCGGGAGAAGCUAAUGGAACGAGUCGCUUUCAUUGCUGAAGGCAAAGACGAGGACAGAUACCACAAAUUGGAGGAGCUUCUUGAGAAGAGCUUCCCGCUGGUCAAGAUGCCCUCCAUUCAGCCUGUCGUGAUGCAGGUUAUGAAACACUUACCAAAGGUGCCGGAGAAGAAGCUGAAGCAGGUGAUGGCUGAUAAGGAGCUGUAUAAAGUCUGUGCAGUGGAGGUAAAGCGGCAGAUCUGGCAGGAUAACCAGGCUCUGUUUGGUGAUGAGGUCUCUCCUUUGCUGAAGCAGUACAUCGUGGAGAAGGAGGCCGCGCUCUUCAGCAGCGAUCUCUCCAUCCUGCAUAACUUUUUCAGUCCUUCUCCUAAAACCCGGCGGCAGGGAGAGGUUGUACAGAAGCUCACUCAGAUGAUCGGGAAGAAUGUGAAACUGUACGAUAUGGUGCUGCAGUUCCUAAGGACGCUUUUCCUGCGCACGCGAAACGUGCACUACUGUACCCUACGCGCCGAGCUCCUCAUGUCCCUGCACGAUCUGGACGUCAGCGAGAUCUGCUCCGUCGAUCCCUGCCACAAGUUCACUUGGUGCUUGGACGCCUGCAUCAGGGAAAAGUUUGUUGAUGCCAAACGAGCCCGAGAGCUGCAGGGUUUCUUGGACAGUAUGAAGAAAGGACAGGAGCAAGUGCUCGGGGAUCUCUCGAUGAUCCUGUGUGACCCAUUUGCCAGUAACACGCUCGUGCUGAGCACCGUGAGGAACCUGCAGGAGCUACUCAGCCAGGACGCCUUGCCCAGAGACAGUCCAGACCUGCUGCUGCUCCUCAGGAUGCUGUGUCUUGGUCAAGGAGCCUGGGACAUGAUUGACAGCCAGGUUUUCAAAGAGCCACGCCUGGAAUUGGAAGUUGUUACACGUUUCCUGCCUGCCAUGAUGUCGAUCGUGGUGGAUGAUUACACAUUCAAUGUCGAACAGAAGCUCCCCAGUGAAGAGAAGAGCUCCCCGACCUACCCCAGCACCCUGCCUGACACUUUUACCAGAUAUCUGCAGGAAAACAGAGUUGCGUGUGAGAUGGGUCUGUAUUAUGUACUCCAUAUUGCUAAGCAGAGGAAUAAGAAUGCCCUGCAGAGGUUGCUCCCUUCUUUAGUGGAGACGUACAAUGACAUGGCAUUCGGAGACAUUUUCCUUCAUCUCCUUACUGGCCAUCUGACCCUUCUGAGUGAUGAGUUCGGUACUGAAGAAUUCUGCACGUCCGUUUUCGACAACUUCCUCCUCACGUCCUCUUCCAGCAAGGAGAAUGUGCAUAGACACACCCUCCGCUUGUUGAACCAUCUCCACCAGAAAGUGCACUCGUCUUCCAUGGAAGCACUGCUGAAAACGCUUGAGCCACCCAAACAGAGCAGUGAGCCGGUAAAAGAGCUCUACACACAGCUGGUGGAAAAGAUCGAGGCAUCGAAACGGAGUCCACCCGAACCCGAGGAAGCUCCGACCCUGGACCUGGGCCUGCACCCGGUCACCGUCCCCAGCACGCCCACCACUCCUCUCUGAGACAGAGAUCCUGCAGUCGCAUAGAGACGGGUGGAGGCGCAGCUGUAUUUCAGUAGUGUGUUUUGUAUCAUUUUUAAAAACAUGAUCUUGGUUCAGAGUGGCACCUUUAAAAGCUAGUGCUCGUUUUGUUACAACUGAGUAUUUUUUUUUUUUUUUGACCAAUUGUUUUUUAUUUUAUAAUGAUGCACAUAUUCAUAAUCAACACAAAUACAGAGUUAUAACACUUCACACCCACCCCACCCCACCCCAACCCAGUGGUGAGCAUCUGUAAUCUUACAUGUUAUAUAAACAUUUAAAGUACAUUGGUAUACAAGUGUAUAGAAACGAAACAUAUUUUCCAGCAAAAAAGUAAAUAAAUUAAAAAAAAAAGGGGAAAAAAAAAAAAAAGUUACAGAGCAACUGUACACAGCACCUUAAACAUGAGUAUCAGAAAUAAAGGUUUUGACCUCAUCAAAAGCACGGUUCCACCUCUUUAGAGUUUGCGAUCUGGCACCAUGUAUACGGGCUGUUGAGAGUUCCAUAGAUAUAAUAUCAAGUAAACUUAGAGCCCAUAGACGUCUACACAUAACAUGUGGGGGGUUCCAUCGGCUGAUUAACAAUUUUUUGGCUGCGGUAAAAGCAGCCAAAAGUAGGCUGCUCUGGAAAAGCGUCAGUGAGAGGUUGGAAUAAUCAUUUAGAAAAAAUAGACUUGGAGUUAUAAUAAUAUCUGUGUCUAUCAGAGUUGAAAUAUCAACAGAUAGCCAUUGCCAGAAAGGUACCAGUGCUGAGCAUUCCCAAAAAAAAUGUAAAAACGUUCCAGUUUUUCCAUCUGAACACAAAGUACAAUUAGGUGAGGUAGUGAGACGCAUAUGAAAUCGCUUAAGUGGUGUUAAAUAUACUCUGUGUGCUAGUUUCCAAUGAAUCAUUUGAUGAUUAGGAUUCUUAGAUGACAUAAUGAUUGUCUCCCAUGUCUGAUCAGAAAAGAUAUCUUUCAGGUCACAUUCUAAAUCUUUUGACCAAACUGCUACAACUCCAAGAGGCUUGUAUAACUUCUUCAUCAGAAAGGAGUAAAUAGAUGAAGCAGAAGAAGGGAUGAAGUCAUUGAAAUAUAUAACAUUGCGAAUACUAUGCACUGGUAAUUUUGUGUCAAGAGGAACACCAAGAGCAUUAAGAGCUGAUCUGAUGCGUAAGUAUAAGUAGAAAGUAGAGGCCGGUAUAUUGUAUUUCGACUUCAGGUCCUGAAACGUUCUUAAGCCUUUGUCAUCAUACAGGUCUCCAAGAAUUGUGAUGUUGCACUCUGACCAUUGAGGAGAUCUAAAUGGGGUACUCCCAGACAGAAGCCCAUUAUUAUUAAAAAGUGGAAAGUGAUGAUGCCAUUUUGAUAUAGAUCCUGUUUGUCUUUCUACAGCCUUCCAAGUGGAUAACAAAUGGGUUAUGAUUGGACCAAAACGAAGGGUGCAUUGCCGAGUAGGAACAUUGCAAAAAACCAAAUCUCUUAAAUUAUAGGGGGUGACCAUUGACUCUUCAAUAGCUCUCCAUGCCACAUUUUUAUUUAAAUUAAACCAGACUGAUAUGGGGCGCAACACAAAUGCUUGGGCAUAAACUUUAAAGUCAGGAAAAGAUAAACCUCCAUCCUCCCUAGAGCGUUGCAUAGUGGACAGCCUAAUCCUAGCACGUUUCCCAUUCCAGAUAUAUUUCCUUAGAAUGGAGUUGAGGUGGUCCCAAAAGUGUGCAGGGGGUGGUAAGGGUAUCAUUGCACUAUAAAAAUUAACCCGUGGCAAAACGUUCAUUUUAACUACAGAAAUUCGUGCAUAUAAUGACUUAGGCAAACAUGACCAGUUUGAUAAAUCUGUACUGACUUCAGAAAGAAUUUUUUUGAAGUUUUUGCUUGCAAUAUCAUGCAAUGAGGGGUAUAUGUCUAUCCCUAAAUAUUUAAAUGAUGUUACGGUAGGUGCGGUGCUAGGAAGAAGCAAGGAGACAGGGUCAAAAUUUAAGGGAAGAAAACAAGAUUUGUCCCAAUUUAUCUUAUAACCUGAAAGAUCACUGAAAUGAUUAAACAAUGACAGAAUAUGAGGCACUGACGAAACAGGGUCAUUUACAAACAAAAGAAUAUCAUCAGCAUACAAAGAGAUAUGAUGAGAUGUAUUUCUUACAUUAAUCGGUAGAAUUUGCUCUGAUUGACGGACAGCCUGAGCUAAAGGUUCUAAUGACAAAGCAAAUAACAAUGGUGAAAGUGGGCAGCCCUGACGCGUACCCCUUCCCAAAGAAAAAGAACGUGAGCAUAAUUGUCCAGUUAACACAGAUGCUUUAGGAUUACAAUAUAGUACUUUGAUCAUGUUAAUAAAGUCAGGGCCUAAGCCCAUAUGCUCAAGAACGGACCAUAAAUAAUUAAAUUCCAAACGAUCAAAUGCUUUCAUUGCAUCUAGAGAGAACACUGCACAAGGACUAACUGAUUGAUCAGCAGAAUAAAUGAUGUGUAAAAGACGGCGGAUGUUGUCAGAUGCUGAACGUGAUCUAAUAAAACCAGUCUGAUCUUCAUGAACCAACUUGGUAAUCACCGACUCCAAGCGUCGUGACAAUACUUUGGCAUAGAGUUUAAUAUCUGCUCCAAUCAGAGAGAUUGGGCGAUAAUUAACACAAGAGGUUGGGUCCUUAUCUUUUUUCAACAGCAGAGAUAUAAUAGAUGUGUUAAUGUCCUGUCUGAAAGAUCCAUGUUUAAUUGAAUGAUUUAUCAUAUCUAAUAAUAGAGGACCAAGCUCUGUCCAGAAGGUUGAAUAUAAUUCUGUUGGAAUGCCAUCCAGUCCUGGCGAUUUACCUUUAUUCAUACAUUUCAGUGAUUCUUUCAGUUCUUGAAGAGUAAUUGGUUGACCUAAGGACUCUGACUCCUCGGUAGAUAAAGUAGGUAAAUUAAGGGAAGAAAAAAAAGAAGACAGCGUUGCAUUGUCACAUGUAGAUUCAGAAGUAUAUAGAGUAGAAUAGAAAGAUUGGAAAGUGUCAUUGAUAUUUUGUGGGUCAGUAGUAAGCUCACCAGAAGGCAGCCGUAUUGCAGGUAUAUUUGCAAACUUCUCAUUAUUACGCAAUUGCAGGGCUAGAAGAUGGCUUGGCCUGCUCCCAUUAAAGUAGUAAUUUUGUCUGGUCCUUUGAAUAAGAAACUCUGCUUUCACUUUAAGUAACUGGUUUAAUUCAGUUUUUAAUAUUUUAAUUUUAGUGGCUGUUUGGUUGGAGAAUGAAGCCUGAUUUGCUGCCUCUAGUAUUAUUAGCUGGGACUCUAGAUCAGCUAUUCUCUUCAUUCUGGAUUUUUUAAGAUGUGACGCAAAGGAAAUAGAGAAACUACGGAUGAAGCCCUUGACUGCAUCCCAGAGUAUGCGGGGAUCCGCCACUGUCCCUUGAUUAAUGCUAAUAAACUCCAAUAGCCCAUUUUUAAAAGACUUACAAAAGUUUUCAUCACGAAGUAGCGUCGAAUUAAACCGCCAUCGUGAAGCACGUGGAGGUUGAUUAACUAAUUUGAGGUUGAUUACAUUGCUAUCAUGGUCAGAUAGAGACAUGGGGCAAAUAUCUGAGCAAAGACAGGAUGAGGAAAGAGAACAGGACACAAAUAUGAAGUCGAUCCUGGAAUACGAUUUGUGCCUUGAAGAAUAGAAUGUAUAUGCCUUGGCAGUGGCAUUAAGAAAACGCCAUGAAUCUACCAGAGACAGUGCAGAAAUACAGCUUCUGAGUUUAUCAGUGCAUGCUGCUUGUAAAUGAGUUUCACUUUCUCCUGACCUGUCCUCAUCAUGAGACAUGACCGCAUUCAUAUCUGCCCCCAUCACAAUCUCAUAGCCCGCCAUAUUGAGAAGAUAGUUUGUGAGCUUUGAGAAGAAUGCAGGAUCAUAUGUGGAAGGAGCAUAAACAGAUAGAAAGGCCAACUUCCUGUUUCCCACCAAAGCCUUAACAUGAGUCACUCUGCCAUCAGUAUCAUUGUCAUGCUCAAUAAUAUCUAUACCCAAAUUCCUUCGUAGUAGUAUCAUAACACCUUUCGUUUUAUCAGUGGCACUAGAAGCAGAAAUUACUUUGUAAAAUUUAUUGUUACAUCUAUGAACAUCAUCUUUUCUGAGAUGGGUUUCCUGAAUCAAAGCUAAAUCUAUCUUUCUCCUUUUUAACAGUUCUAGACAACAUGCACGUUUAUGAGGUCCAUUCAAACCAUUCACAUUCCAACUCAAAAUAUUUAGGUUAGUCAUAACUGUCAAAUACUUGCAAUGAAGCAAAAAGUAAAGACAAACAAUGUAAAUUUCCUUCAUGAUGCUCACCACUAUCCCACCCCCCUCCCACCCCUGGGUCAAAGAACAUAACCCCAUAUCUAACAGGGUCCCUCAACCCAACGCAGAGUGGGUAUAGAACAAGCCCACGUCUGCCAUGUUCCCUUACAUAAAUCCGUGACAUCAGUAAUGGAUCGCACACUAGGUGCCGACACAAGCCCUUAUAAUGAAAACCAAAAACUAAAUAGCUUAAUAAAGUCUUAAGCAUAUAUUGUGCAUUGUGGAAUUAAAUGAGGGUUCAUAAGAAUGUAAACAAAAUUCACCUAUUCUCCUAUUUUACUGGAGGAAGUGACAAGAAAAGACACUGUCCCAAAUAUAAUUAAGCUCUGUUGGUGCGUUACAUCCUACAACAUCGCCAUAACCAACGAGUCAAUCAUUUUGACUGUAAGUCAGGGUAGUAUGUAGAUAUACACAAAAAUGCGUGCACGAAACUUACAGUGUCCCAUAUAAAACAAAGUCGCAUCAUUCCGUGUCGCUCUCAACAAUGGGCUGGAAUUCUGUCAGUGAGUCGCAAAAAGCACUGGCCUCCUCUGGCGUUUGGAAAAAUUUCGUUUCCCCUCCUUUCAAAGUCACCUUGAGAGUUGCCGGAUACUGGAGGAAAAUUUGGCACCCCUUUCUCUUAAGCUCCCUCUUCACUGUGGUGAAUGCAGACCGUUGCUUCGCAGUAGCGGGCGAGUAGUCAGGGAAAAUACUGAGGGUUGUCUCACCAUCGUCCAUCUGAAUGGUCCCUUGGUCCCUAGCUGCUCGGAGAAUCAUGUCUCGAUCAGUGUAGCGGAGAAGUUUGAAGAUGAACACUCGGGGUCUCUCAGGCCUCUUAAUCUGCGGUGUUUUAGAGUUGCGUUUAGGAGGAUUUGAAUAAAUGCGAUGGGCUCUUUCGAUUUCAAUGUUUUUGUCCUUCAAAGAAGGAAACCAGACUGGCAACGACCGCUUGAGAAAGCCCACUGGAUCGUCUUUUUCCAAGCCUUCGGGUAGACCAAUUAAACGGAGAUUGUUGCGUCGGCUACGGUCUUGCAGCUCAACAAGUUGUCGCUCAAUAGUAUCUAGACGCUUAUCAUGACUGUGCAGAAUUUUUUUCUGGUCUCUUUGCUCACCAGACAGCGCGUCGAUUUUCGAGCACAUAGUCGCCAUAUGUGUCGAUAGCUCACUUCUCAUCGUAGCCAUUUCGGAUUUCAGAAUACACUCCAGUCUUUCCAUAGCGUCCUCCAUGCUAGCACUUGCUGGCUUAGCCCGACCGUCCGCUGGCUUUGCUUUCCUCUUUUGAGAGGUGGAAGACGGAGUUAAAGUCAACUGCUUGCGCGCCACGGACAUUUAGAAAUGUUAACAGACGAAAAUUAAGUGGUGUAUUCAGAUAUAAGCCGGAUAAAUACUGAAAAUAGGGCCUGAUGUCAGGAGCUCCCUCAACACGCGUGCAGCUCCAUCAGCGCGUCACGUGAUCUCCAGCACAACUGAGUAUUUUAAAGUACGGUCUUGUAUAAUUGUUGUAUUAGUUAAACAUGAUUCUAUAUGUACAGUACUGUUGUGACUGACUGUAUGUUGUAUGGAUUGUUUCUAACCAAGCCGAGCUGUAAAUAAAAUUAUUUAGUACGGGAUUUUUUUUUUUCUUUCAAGUCUUCUGAUUGUGGCUUUUUUUUUUUUUAUUUUAACAUCUGUUAUCACCCUUUAAAUCUGACAUUUCUGGCAGACAACACCUUCCUGAUAACAGCUGAGGAAGUUAAACUGAUCUGUAAAUUUUGGGCUCUUUUUAUGUUAUUUUACUUUUUAAUUAAUUGUGUACAGAUAAAUUCUGACAGAAGACCAUUGGCAAACAUGUUCCCCUGUAAAACUCAUUCCUGUUGCUCAAUCAGAAGCAA